AGGCUUAAUUCUCAAGUCUUUUAACCAUUUUGAAAAGUGAUUUACUUUAACAUAAUAAAUGUGACUACAUCUAAAAGAUAAAUAGAAUAAAAAUGUUAUGUAUUCUACUAAAGUACAGGCACUAAAAAAUAUACUCAUAAUAGGACUAGUUCAUUAAUUAACAUAUUUGAUUAUUUACAUUAAUCAAUCAAAUAUGUAACAUUUAUAAAAAAUAUUUCAUAAAUAUAUUACUAUUAAAUCAAUUUUAACUAUAAGUUAAAAUUUUAGUUUUAAAAAAAUCUAUUGAGGAAAAACCUAUAAAAUGAAAAGACACCACAAAAAUCCAAAACACACCAUAGAUCAAACGAAUCUAAGGGCAUCUCCAACCAUGACACCAAAUUUAGUGUUAAAAUUACACCAAAUUUGGUAUUUUGGUGUUAUAAUUUUUUUUGCCAUCUCCAACCAUGACACCAAAUAUUACACCAAAAAUAAUAUUAUAUAUUUUGAUAUUUUCAUCUUUAACAGUUUUUCUAAUUUAUUAUUUGUAAUUGAUAAGUAAGUAUUUAACCAGAAUUUAUUAUGUUUGCUAAUUUUUUUUACUUUUAUGUUUAAAUUUAUUUAUAUUUUUGGGUUUAACAAUAUUAUACUUUUUAUUUAUUUAUUUUAUAUAAAAUAUUAUAUUAAAAUUACUAACUAUUAAUUAUGAAAAGUAUGUAACAAAAUAAUAUUUUUAUUUUAUUUUUUGAGUGUUUAUUUCAAAUUUAAUAUGCAUUUUAAUCAUAUCCAAUUUGUAUUAUUAAUUUCUAUAUUUUAUAAAAUACUAAUUAAAAAUAUAAUAUAAAAUUUCUAUGAUAUUUUAUUUUUUACAAUAUAAAGUAUCAUUUGGUGAUUUUUUACUUGAAAAUAAAAUAAAAAUAUUUAAUUAUUAAAAAUAAUUUAACAAAAAGAAAUUAUAUAGUAUAUUUAUAUCUAGUUACAAAUUUGAACUAAUUAAUAAUAAUAACUAAACUAUACUAUUAAAUGAAACAUUAAAUAUUUGGUGUGAUGAGUGGUGUAAUACUAUUCAUUUUACACCAAAUUUUUUUUUUUUUGGUAAAAUGUUAAAUUUUAUACCAAUUUUAAAAUUUUUGACAGAAAUUACAAAGAAAACAAAGAGAACAGGGUAACCAAAAUCUAAAACUAGGACUAAGUAACAACAGAAACCAAAAGAUGGACAUACUCGACAAGAACACAUGUACAGCCUAGAAGUUUCAACAUUUAGAAACACCGAUUCCAAACUUAAAAGCUCGGACAUUUGUGUUGUUGCCACAGAUCUAAAGAUCUAGAGUCCUCAUCGUCGUUGCCACGAGCACCACCACCCAAGGCUGCCCUUAAAACCUCGAACACGGGCAGAGCCUACAACUUCUCCGAAGACUAACACAAAAACGAAAAAACUUCAAAGAAACAAGUUACAACUGGCGGCACAGGAGCUUCUAUGGGCAGUCAGAGAAGCCGCCUCCGACCACAUCCUCAAGCUAUAGUAGCCUCGAGAAUCAUCUCCCACGGAUGCAACAAAGUCGCCAAAUCCAAAUCGCCGCCUCUAUUCCACACUGUCACCACCAUCGCUUCAAUGGAACAAAUCAAAGCCGAAGAUGAACCACCUCUGAACCUGUGAAACCAAGCCAAAACACAUACAACGCAAGAAACGGAAGGAGCCACACCAGAACUUAAAGAUCUGAGAAAUCUCUGAGAGUAAACACCAAAUGUGGAUCUCUGAAAUCCACCUCCGUUGAAGCACCACCACCAGUCGUCACCGGAGAGAGCUCUCGCAGAGGAGCCCAAACUCAACACUUCCGUCCUAACCGCACCACGAAGGAGAGCAACACGCAUCAGAGACAUAUGCCACCUAACCCGAGGUGAAACCGGAAGCCCUUUCCACCGCAUCUGACUGGUAGUGAGAGCAGUCCUCAAACCCUCAACUACCGAGAAAGAGCAGAGAUAGCAAGUACGUCACCAUCUCAUCCCACAAGAGGACAAGAGAUGAGACCAGCAGAGGCAGCAAAACCACCGGAGAGACGCCGUCGCCACACGUCCACACCGGCUAGAUCUGCUGCAACCACCACCGGGAAGUCUGACUCAAGUCCGAGAUCUCUCAUAUUAUCUACUAAAACUGAACAAGUAGAGAAGAAAGCCGAUGAAGGAAAUAAAGGAGAGGAAGCCUCUCCGGACGGAGGCACGGAGGCCAACCGUCAGAGAAACGAAACUUCAAAAAGCUUGAAACUUUUGUGGCGGCGGCUGGUUGGGAGAGAAAAAAAUAGGGUGACCUCUCUUUCUCCUUCCUUUUACACCAAAUUUGGUUGGAUGAUAUAAUUUUUAGUGCUCCAUUGGAGAUAAGAUUACACCAAAUUUGGUGUUUCCUUGGAGUUUAUGGAUUAAGCUGAUCUAACGGUUCAAUUCAUAUGUUUAAAUUGUAAAAAUAAAUUAAAAGUGGUUUUGAUAUUGGUAUAAUGUAAUACCAGAGUGGGACACUAUAGCAAGAAAAAAAUUACACUAAAAUGCACCAUCUGAUUGGAGUUGACCUUAGAAUUCCUCCCCACCAACUUGCUUCCAUUCGGUAAGACGGUAACAUUAGUAGUAUUCACAUUGAAUCCGAAUAUGCCAAUUCCUUUUUCCCUUUUAUAUAACUGCUGGUGGCUUUUGUUUAUUAUUAUUGGUUAUAUAUCUAGAAAACAAAUAAUUAAAUAAUGGUUAUAGAAAUCUUGUCAAAAAGAGAACCGACUCUUCGACUAUAACGCUACUUUAAAAAGAUAACCGUAACGCUACUUAAUUAAAACAUGCCGAAGAAGAAUGUAAAUGAAGAUAAAUAGGUUCCAAUGUUUCGUGGAAAUGGUAGAUAACUAGAUAUGCAACUUGCAAAUUCCAUUUCCACUCUUUUAAUUAUUAUGAAAAGUUAAAAAGAGAUUUUAAGGGUGCACGUGUUUGCCAUUGCACGUAAACCCCAACGAAAGAAUAAACGUCACAGUUAUUUGACUAUUAUUUUUUGAAAUUUGUAAAUAUUCGAGACAGACCAUUAUUGUGUAUAAAUAUGGAACCCUUUCCGUCUUUUCUCUUACGAUUAAUUUGCAAAUCCACAAUGGAGAAAAAAGCUACCACCUGCAUAUUUUGAUUUUUUUUUUUUUUCCUUGGACUCAACGUCUUUCGUCGCAAAAUGGUGGAUCCACCAGUGGGUUACAGAUUCCAUCCGACGGACGAGGAGAUAGUGGGAGAUUACGUGAGGCCGAAGAACAUCGAGAGUAACACGAGCCGUGUAGAUGAAGUCAUGAACACAGUCGAUAUAUAUGAAUUCGACCCAUGGGAGUUACCUUACAAGUCGAGGAUCAACUCGACAGAUGAGGUUUGGUACUUCUUCGGUUGUAAGAAGGACCAACAGAACAGAGGAGAGAGACAGAGCAGGAGAACCAAGUCUGGUUUCUGGAAGAAAACCGGAGUUACAAUGGAUAUCAUGCGAAAGAGAGGUAAUCGCGAGAAGAUUGGUGAGAAAAGGGUUUUCGUGUUUCAGUACAGUAAGAUUCUUGGUGGGCCGUCGAAACCCAAAUCCGAUUGGGUUAUGCACGAACAUGUCGCUACCUUCUUGUCUCCUGACUCUCCUAAUCAGACGAUGAUGAUGAUGAAAUAUACAGUGUGUAAAGUAAUGUUCAAGGGUGACGAGAGAGUUUUAUCUUCUUCUUCUUCCUCUUCUGCUGGUCAAAUUCAGCAUCAUCAUCUCUCUUUGAUCCCUCAUGUGAACAGCAAUAAUUCUGGAGGACUGAGUUCAGAGACAGAGGUGGUAGGUCACUUCACAACCAUCUCUUUUUGUGUUCUUCCCUUUCUCAUGAGUCUUCGUUUGAAUUACAGGAUCCACGUCAGUUUACUGGCUUUCCUCAUUUGGAGGAAGAAACUAUGUUCGUGGAUGAAAUUCUCAGGGGUUUCAACAACCCGCCAACUGAUGAUUGGAACAGUUUGUUCAGUAAUGAUGAGGAACAGGGGAAUACUAUGUUUAUGCAGGAGGAUCGCAACGAUUACCGACCUAAAAUGUCACUUACUGGUGUUUUCAUUGGUCAUAGCGAUGAUGACAGUGAUUCUGAUUCCAUAUCUUCAAGAACUACAACAGGCUCCAUUAAAACUUCGAGCACUUGUGUUACUUUUGGUUGCUCAAAUCAUCCCACAGACCUGUCAGAAUCUCCUUCCAGCUCAACUAUUGAGUCAGGGUCGGUAACUCAAGAGGUAAGCUUUUAUUAGUAUUUUAUCUUUCUCUGAUACAAACAAUUCCUAAACACUAUUCAUAGGUGCUACUACUUUUUGCCAUUACUCACUACAUAUUUUUGCUUCUUUAAUAUGUUAUUCAAGGUGAGCGAAGCUCUAGGAACCAAUACUGUUACGUCUGAGAGGAAGAUGAAUCCUUGUGAUGAUGAUGCACAAUUAAGUGAGAUCGGUGGGGAUAAAAUUGACCAAGAGAUGGUGAUCAAGAACAAAAGAGCUGGUUACAUUUACAGGAUGAUGCAAAAAAUCACCAAGAAAAUCAAGCUACGUUCCUGUAUCUCAGGAACAUGAUAUACCAAUAAAUGAGAUAAAUUAAAGAGUACCUUUUGUAAUUUCCAAGUGUGAGUUAUGUCUAUCUUGUUUUGUAACUUUUCGUAUUGUAAUGUAUGUCCUAAUCUAUCUAUAUAUAUAUAUAAAAAUAAAAAUAUGUUCGCCUCACUCCUGCUUUGCCACGUUAUAAAGUCGGUUCCUAACAGGCCGAUACAUGUCCGGAUACUCACCGUUUCACUUAAUCACAGUUAUUAAUGGACUUUUCUUUUUUUGUUAAUAAAUAUUUCAGAUUAGUGUUUUGGACUUAACAUAAUUGGAUUUAUGGGCUGUAGGCUAACACAUGAGGGGAUCCCACAUGAAACGGUUUCUUCUCAAUAAUGUUGACGAACGAAAGACAGAUCUGCUGCGUUUUAACAACUCUGGUUCAAACCUACGGCUAAUGAAGAUUUGUUGCACCGGCCACGCUGAAUUCCGAUCAAGGUCAGUUGGAAGGCAUCGUAUUUGGCUGUUCGAUUCCACAUCUUCUACCCUUGGUUGAAUUUUGGAACCGUUAUGGAAGUCGGUUGGAUUUAUGCAUCCUCAUUGACUAUCACAUUAAAUCAUUCAAUGGACCCCCUCAUUAAAAUAUUUUAACUCAAAUAUAACUAAUCUUAACAUAAAUAAUCCUUGGACACCUUAAAAUUCUCAAAACCAUAAACAUUAUUAUAAACUUCUCUUAACAAAAUUUUACAAAACAUACAUACAAAGAGAAUAUACAAU